AUGCCCAGUAACGCAACUCAACUCCUGGAGUCAGACGACACCGAACCGGAUCUCCCGGUACCGGUAAUGAGUCUGAGCGGGUUGAGCCUAUUGGAGGAUGAGAUUCUUUCAGAACCACGUGAUAUUUCCCAUCUAGGUGUCAUGGGCGCGGUGCUGGACCUUCAGCCCCUGUGUCAGCCGCGAUUAGAGGAGGAGAACUUCAACAACAUCAUCAGGCACAAUGGUGAGCUGGAUCAGUCGAGGGCCCGGGCCGUGCCUCCUGAACUCAACGGGAUGGAGGUCUCUGGGUCGGGCAGACUCUAUCAGGACGGGUCGGGCGAGUCGCAGGUCGAUUGGAGGAUGAUGAUGAUGAUGCAAGAUGGAGAGAGAUGUGCGCUCAACACCAGGAGGAAGAGCGUCAACACAACCGAGUGUGUGGUGGUGCCCACAUCUGAACAUGUGGCGGAAAUAGUUGGCCGACAGGGUUGUAAGAUUAAAGCUCUGCGAGCAAAAACCAACACUUACAUUAAAACUCCAGUGAGAGGAGAGGACCCAGUGUUCGUAGUGACGGGACGAAAAGAAGACGUCGUGAUGGCAAAACGUGAGAUUCUCUCGGCGGCCGAGCACUUUUCUCUGAUCCGGGCAUCGCGGAACAAAGUGGUGGCGCCAGGCCUGGGGCUCAACAGCGUCCCUUGCCAUCCGGGGCAGACCACCAUACAGGUGCGGGUGCCGUAUCGAAUGGUGGGGCUCGUGGUCGGGCCGAAAGGAGCCACCAUCAAGAGGAUCCAACAGCAAACUCACACCUACAUCGUCACACCGAGCCGCGAAAAAGAACCAGUGUUUGAGGUGACCGGCAUGCCUGAAAACGUGGACAGAGCACGAGAAGAAAUCGAGGCGCAUAUCGCUGUGCGUACCGCCGGAACCGUGAACACCAGCGUAGAUGAUGACGACUUCCACUACAACGGCACUGACGUUGGCUUUGAGAUGGGCGUCAACGGGUCCUGGCUCUUCUCCGGCAGUGCGUCGAGCGCUAACGUUAACUACCGCAAUAAUAACGGCAACUUCCACGUCAACGGUGCGGGCUACCGAAACGACAGUUCCAGCUCGCUCGGAAGCAACUCCAGCGAGUCUUACUACAGCGUCAAAAGCAACGGAGUGACGGAUCUCAGUCCCGGCAGUCCGUACGGCAGCAGUGGCGGUACGUUCUGGUUCGGCGAUUCCCAGUUGCCUCUCGGGUCGGAUGAUUCCGCAGGGACCACCAUUCAGCAGCAGGCCGCAUGGAGCAACUUGGAGCGCGGAGGUGCCAGUUUACCAAACACGCCACGUCUUUCUCCGUCCCUCGUCAGCCGUCUGUCUCCGUCUCUUCCCGAGGCGCUGGAUCAUCCGCUGGUUCGGCUGGCGCAAGAGAAUUCCCAGAGCCUUCCGGCAUUCGGUGCCGCAUUUUCUCCCCCGUCUAGCGACAGCACGGGAUCCGGCUCCCCGCCCAACGUUCGCACCUACACCAAACACCGUCACGUUCCUGUGUGCGUACGCUGCGGUGGUGGAGACGGUGUGUCUGCGCUCGUCCUCGGUGGACAAAAUGUCCUCUGUCCCGAGUGUUCCGACUCCAUCCUUCAGAGCACAUAAAAUCUUCAGCUCGUACGCCAAACAUCUGAGAAAGUUCAUUUAUGAUAAAUUGGGAUCACAAAAAGUAAACUAGUUUAUUUUUUACUAUAACAGGUUUAGAUAAAUAAUCAAAGUUGAGUUCAUCUCAAAUAUUUCCCCUGUUAUGUUUAGCUGCUACAUCAUUCUGUAUGGCAAGUAGCGCUUGCCAGAACUUACAUGUUUUCGUUGUCUCAUUUCCAAGGUAUCAAUACUGUGUUUACAUUUUAUGUGCCUGAUCAAUGGCAGCGUUAUGGCAGUCGUGGUGGUGGUGGUAUGGACUAGCGAUUUUACUGCAAAAACCCUCGAGUUUGUUUACCACACUAAAAGGGAGCAGCACACGGCCAGACGCAUGCUGUCCUGACCUCCACCUCACAAACCUGAUGCCUGUACUUCAAACAUCUCCAUCAUCAUUACAAAUCAUUUAGGUCGUAAAAUAUCUCAUUGCGCCUUGUUCAUGCAAAUCCAUUCUUACGUAAAUUGUUGCAAAAGUGGCACAUUUCUGCUGGUUCAAUGUGAGAAUUUGAACAAGAAUGGAUUGUUUUGUGCUUAAGGCCCACGAGUCGUCUCACGUAUGUUUGUGUAAUGAGACUCAUUACCUUAACCGAACAGGUCCUGCUGGAAAGGGUUGCUUUACCCGAAAGGAUCGAUUGUGUCUGAGAUAACAGGAAUGACAUAAACAAUCACAUCUCAAACUACAGCUUUUGACCUUUCCCCUUAAACUCAGAGGAAUCUACAGGCAUCAGAGCCAUAACCUCACAAAAUUCACCUUGACACUUUUUCCUUUUUUACGAUUUUGUAGUAUUUCUCUAGUUUAUAUUUCAUAUCCAAAUAUAUAUACCUAUUAAGAUGAAAGAUUUAAGAAUAUUUGGCAAGCGGUCCAAUGCCGUUGGCUUUAAGUAUUAGCUUGUAGAGUAUUGAAGUUAGGUACUGUAGAGCAGGAAUCUGCACACCUGCAUGUUUUUAUUAUCUCAAGAUUCCUAAAAAGCCAAGGAUCCAGUAUAUAUAUGUAUACGCUGCAUUAAGUCUGCAUACUACCAACCACAUUAUGAACAAAAGUAAAGUCCUAUGGUAAACACGACUAGGAAUUAAGUGCUGAUCAGAGGGAUUUUUACUGUCACACUGCUACAAUGUUUCUGUAUUUGAUCAUUUUGUUGUUCUUUUAUUAUGUGUAUGCAUAUGUAUGUAUACACAUAUAUGCAGGGAGAUGAAGGCGUAUAAGUUGUAUUCUUAAAGUUUAAAAUAUAUUUUAUGAUAAAUGGCCUUACUGUCCUGUGGCCAAAGCACUGAUAUUAUAUAUUUGCUGUAAAAAAGAAUUAAGAUUUUUAUUUUUCUGAUAUUAAAGUUCCUUAAUAAAUUGUUUCAUUUAAAACUCA